AUGACCUGACAAAUGAGGUCACUAACGUAAAUGACGAGCUAAAUGAUACCGAAAAGGCUAGAAAUAGCGAAGAGAAUGAUAUUAUAUGCUUUAGCAUAAAGCAUAAUCUUUACGAUAAAUUGGUUAAAUCAGAGAAAUACCCUGUCGAG